GGUGGAAUGCUCCCAGCUGGAGAAAGGACCAAAUCCAUCACGGCCGACCGCCUCUUGGUAUUGGACAAUAUGCUUCAGGAAGACGACUUGUCCACGCGCGAAAUCCUCUAUGACAUUGAGGACGCCCAGCGACACGACCCAGCGGACCCCAAAUUUCAGAAGCGGCUCUUUGAACGGCAACGGAAGCGCGAGUACCGCAAGCAAACACCGCACGAACUUCGGUACCUCACGCAACGAGUGGCAGAGCUCAAGGCGCAAAUCGAUAUGAUCUUAACCGAGCGAGCGGUGCAGCGGUCAGCCUUGUCCUGGAAAGACGUCGCGGCGGUCUUUGCCGCACAGGUCGACGAGGCGAUUGCAGAGAACAAGUCGCUUCGUUGCCAAAUUGACGAGCUUACCGUCAUCCGCGACGAGCUCGAGCGCUACAUUUAAUCGUCAAUGAGUUCUGUUUAUGCAUUUCAAGCGCUUGCAUAACUUUCCAAC